AUGAGCACCUUAAAUUCCCAUCGGUGCCUAGAGAAGCUAAAUACAGAAUACAAGGCAUGUAGAGAUCUAGUUGAUGAAGCAAAGAACUAUCUGCUACUGCCUCAAGAGCGCCCCCUCAUGCAAGGUCCUCGUACGAGACCAAGAAAACCCAUCAAGACUGGGGAGGUGCUUUUUGCAGCUUCUGUUGAGAGGUUUGAGCCUACAACAUGUGAGUGGCGAAUGGUGGCUCCAAUGAGCAAGCGACGUUGUGGAGUUGGAGUUGCAGUGUUGUCUGAUUUACUGUAUGCUGUUGGAGGACAUGAUGGACAGUCUUACCUCAAUAGUGUGGAAAGGUAUGACCCACAGACUAAUCAGUGGUUAUGUGAGGUAGCACCAACAAGCACUUGCCGCACCAGUGUUGGCGUGGCAGUGUUAGAUGGUUACCUGUAUGCUGUGGGAGGACAAGAUGGUGUAUCCUGUCUGAAUGUUGUUGAGAGUGUUUCUUUGCUGCAGGUUCUGGAGCAUGUCCGCUUACCACUGCUGAGUCCGAAGUUCUUGGUGGGAACUGUUGGAUCAGAUCUUCUUAUUAAGAGUGAUGAGGCAUGUAGAGAUCUAGUUGAUGAAGCAAAGAACUAUCUGCUACUGCCUCAAGAGCGCCCCCUCAUGCAAGGUCCUCGUACGAGACCAAGAAAACCCAUCAAGACUGGGGAGGUGCUUUUUGCAGUUGGUGGUUGGUGUAGUGGUGAUGCCAUAGCUUCUGUUGAGAGGUUUGAGCCUACAACAUGUGAGUGGCAUGUGGCUCCAAUGAGCAAGCGACGUUGUGGAGUUGGAGUUGCAGUGUUGUCUGAUUUACUGUAUGCUGUUGGAGGACAUGAUGGACAGUCUUACCUCAAUAGUGUGGAAAGGUAUGACCCACAGACUAAUCAGUGGUUAUGUGAGGUAGCACCAACAAGCACUUGCCGCACCAGUGGCGUGGCAGUGUUAGAUGGUUACCUGUAUGCUGUGGGAGGACAAGAUGGUGUAUCCUGUCUGAAUGUUGUUGAGAGGUAUGACCCCCAAAGUAACCGAUGGACGAAGGUUGCCUCUAUGAACACUCGACGAUUAGGAGUGGCUGUAGCUGUUCUUGGUGGAUUCUUGUAUGCAGUAGGUGGAUCAGAUGGUCAAAGUCCUCUUAACACAGUGGAGCGCUACGACCCAAAACUGAACAAAUGGGCAAUGAUGCCAGCAAUGAGUACACGUCGCAAACACCUAGGCUGCGCUGUCUACAAUAACAUGAUCUAUGCUGUUGGUGGCAGAGAUGAUUGCACUGAACUGUCUAGUGCUGAACGAUAUAAUCCCCAUACUAAUCAGUGGAGUCCUAUUGUUGCAAUGACAUCAAGAAGAAGUGGGGUUGGAUUAGCAGUAGUUAAUGGCAUGCUGUAUGCAGUUGGAGGCUUUGAUGGAACGACAUAUCUCAAAACAAUAGAGGUAUAUGAUCCUGAUCAGAACCAUUGGCGGUUGUGUGGGUCCAUGAACUACCGUCGACUGGGUGGUGGCGUGGGUGUCGUCAAACUUCCACACAAUGAAGCACAUCUCUGGUGAUUAAACGAAGGGCUAGAAUUCUGGCUUGGGGUAACUGUCAGUGGAAAAUUAGGUAUUGGAAGUGGUAUCGGAAAAUAGUAGCAUUUUCAGAUGUUGUUAAUGUAAUAAUGUUUAUAAGUGUAUGUUAUCAAAUGUAGGAUCUGUGGUGGUGGACCUCUAAUGCAUCAUGCUUAUUAAAUAGCAAGAGAUAUUAAUUAAACAAGCUAUAUUUAUAUAUGAUUAGCAAUACAAGCAAAAUAUCUACUGGUCCAUCAGUAAAGAUAUAUAUACUGUUGUGAUAUGUAUUAAGUACAGUAAAAUUUUGAUUUAACGGAAUAAUAGGUGGGGGGGGAUAGAUGGAAAAGGUUAUGUGGUAAUAUUGAUUGUCCAUUAAAUCUGAGUGAUGGGUUGUCAAAAAACAGCAAAAAUAUUUGUUGCAAAAGAAUUUUUACCUAGUAUUUCUCAUUUAGUAAUGUUCCUUUUCACUUAUAAAUGGUAUUAAAUAUUGUUUAAGUCACAUACUGUACAUAUACACACGUUAAUGAAUAGAGCAGAGCUAUAAUAUAGUAGCAUACAUAUGCACGAGGCCAAGGAGAGGAAACGGGAGAAGGUAGUGAUGAAUGUGGGAGGGAGAGUGUGGAGUGAGCUCCCUCACUUCACACAUCUGGUAUACACGUAUAUGAGUGACUGACAGGUGAGGGUGGGGUCAUUGAAGUCACCCUCUGUCUCUUUCUCUCUUACUGUACUUGCUCUCUUUACCAUACAUAAUAAACUUAACAAUAUUAUUUAUAUUAGCAUAACCAACCAUAAUUUGUAUUUCAUAUUAAACUGAAAAGGUAAAUAAAAUAUUGGUUAGUUUUGAAAAUGGGAAAAGUGAGCUUUCUGGGAACUCUGCAGUGAGCCCAUUGCAAACAAACUGGUGGAAGUGUGCAUUUUGGUUAUGGUCUUCCUGGAGUCUGACAGGUCUCCUUGGAGCCCAGCCAGGAAUCCCUGGAGUCUAACCAGUGCUCUUUCUAGUCUGACAGUAUCUCCCUGGAGUUCAACCAGAUAUCCCUGGAGUCUAUGAAGUCUUCCAUUUGGGCUCCAUUAUUUACCUUCUGUAGUGGAUAGAUGAGAUCUUGUUAUGAUGGCACCAGUAAUGAACAAAUCUUUAAAAAAUGGACUUUGUGAAUUGUUUGUGGACUUUGUUAUUGAGGGAGUUUGGCCAUUGUCCGGAUUUUGUCCAUUAAAUCCGAAGCAGGUUAAAUCAGGGUCCGUUAAAUUAAGGUUUUACUGUUCUGCUAAAUUAAUGAUGCAGAAGUACAAGGUUCCAGUUGUGAAAAAAGUAAAUUAAAGUGAUUGAGUAAAACAAGGAAGAUUGUGAAAAUAAAAUUAAUUAUGAGUUAAAAUGACAGACUCCAAAUUUUAUGCUAGAAUUCUGCCUGUUCAAGUCACAAAAGAUGUGUGAAUUAAAUUAAUUAAUGUAAUGUGGACCAGAGUUAUAGGACUGAACAAAGUCUUUGGCCAAAACCAUAAAACUCACCCUAAGAUCACAGCAAAGAUUAUAUUUAAGUUAUCCUUAUUUUUGAUGUGAGUUUUCUAUAUUAGUACUCUUAGUGUUCUGUGGGGAGUUCAGUAGGUGACCACUGGAAUAAACCAAUGAUUAUAUUUAACAGUAUGGCCCAUAUACUUUUGAACAUCAUAAGGCAAGAGGGGUAUAUGUAACUGAAAGGUUCACUAGAAUAAGAAUUUAAAAAAAAAAAUAAAAUAUUUCUUAAUUAAUUUUUUCUUGUUUUGAUAAAGCAUUGAUUAUUAUAUCUGACAAUAUAGCCUUCAUGUUGGUAGUUCUUGUAAUGCAAAAGUAACUUUAAUUGAAAGGUUUGCUAAAAUAAGGGCUCUUAAAUUACUCAAAAAAAAUUUUAAAUUAAAUUUAUCCUUCUUCUUAUAAGGCAUUUGUUUACCCAUAUUUUUCCAUUCUGCUGUCUCUCUACAUAAAUGAGCUUCGAUACAUUGUUCCUGUUCUUUUCUUUUAUUUUUUUGACUGAGGGACCUGGCAUAGGCAUCUCAGAAUUCCAUUAGUUGUAUUCUCUGAAUUUUUUCAGUCUUGGAGUCAGAUGUGCCAAUAUUCCAUAUUCAUGGGUAAAUACAGUUAAAAACAAGCUUACUUUUUUUUUUAUAGAAAAUUUUGUACAAGAAAUUUUUGUAACUAAUUUUAGGGAGGUGUAAAUGCAAGAAGUGGUCCAGAAAUGUUUAGGCAGUGUUUUCCUUUGACUAUAUUUUGAGUCACUUCCAUGUUAUAUAAUAAGAUGUCCAAGUGAAUGGUGGUUACAGGAGAAACCAUCUCGGGAAUCCUAAUUUUGUUUUUAUUUUUAUGUAAAAGGAAAGAGACACUGCUGGAAUUAUGGUUGUAAUAUACAUUGGUAAUAAUUAGGUAAAUGCCAUAUUACUUUUUCCAUGUUUAUAUUCGUCACAGUUCAUAAGAGCCAGCAUUUCACCAGUAUACUGACUUUGAGAAGGACUGUGGACAUUUACAAAGUCACUCCUGCACUGCCUCUUUUAACAUUGUCAUUAGUGUUGAACCUGCAGCCCUCCCUGUCACUUUUUCACUAUGGGCUUACAGCUAUGGGCUGUAAGCUCAUAGCUGUGCUUUGUCUCCUGUGCCAUAUGUGGACUGGUUUGAUUGUACUGCCAAAAGAUCCUAUCAGUUACAUUCAGUGGAGAAUGUUCUUAGUUUUGCCUUUUGUUCUUGCUCAGAGGGGAGAUUUUUGUCAUUGUAACACUAGGUAAGAGAA